AUGAGCAAGGUAUUCAGUAAGAGAUCUAAGAAUUGGAGAAUUACAACUAUGAAAGAACCACAGACGUAUGAUUUCUGGCCCACUAUUGUGACAAGAAUCUUGAAAAAGAGAGUUGAUGAUGAGGAAACCAUUCUACGCAAAGUUGAAGUCCCCAAGGAACAUCCGAAGAAUAUUGCCCCAUCGAUUGCACUGAAGCCAAUACCCAAGACAAGGGACCUAGUGGCGCAAUCUUUAUCAAGGUUUGUCUCUCGCACUGCUGGCAGUAGCCAUGAUCACACGCAAGGAGCUAAUGAAACACAGCCACAACCAACUUGUGACACUGAAACAACCUAA